AUGGACCCCCACCUUGACAUCAUCCAAAAGGCAUCCAUUCCAGUAGAUCACAUUUCAGCAACCUCGCGACAUCGACACGCGCCAACGCGCCUCGCGAAGCCCACCAUGCCUCCGAAACGGAAGUCCGGGGGAGCGGCCGAGUCAGGCGCAUCGGGCAAGGCUGCGAGGCAGUCCAAGCUCGCCAAGGAGCACGACAUCACGGCGCAGGAGGAGGCUGAGAUCAAGGAGGCCUUCUCGCUGUUCGCGGAGCCCAUGGACGGCGAGAAGGAGGGCGUCAUCCCCAUUGACGACGUCCGACGGGCCAUGAUCGCCCUCGAUAUCCCGCCAAAGGACAAAGACGAGCUAGCCGAUUUCACCGAGGUCCUCGACCCGGAGGACGAGGGCUACGCGAACUACUCCUCGUUCGUGGCCAUCUGCGCCCUGAAACUCCACUCGCGCGACCAGACGUCCGACGCACACGCCCGCGAGGUCGACGAGGCGUUCGCGCUGUUCACGGGCGGCGACCCCGAGACCGCGGCCGAUGGCGGCGUCAUCACCGUCGCGCACCUGAAGAGGGUCGCCGCCGUGCUCAAGGAGGAGGUCGACGACGCGCUGCUGCGGGACAUGAUCCUUGAGGCGAACGGCGGGGCGGGUGUAGGCAAGGGCGUCAAGAGGUCCGAGUUCGACCAUGUUAUGAGGAGGGCGGGAGUGUGGAGAUGAUGCUGAUGAUGAGAGGUAUCGCCGCCACGCCACGAGGACAUGAACAAGGUGUGAGAUCUUACAACAUCGCCCGGCACGAGGCUGUUGGUAAUCUUGCGGACCGGCGUUCUGGACAGCUCGCCACUUGGACGAAUGAUCCUGCCGCAGCUGGCUGAGCAAGAGCAGCUUAGUGGUCACGGCGAGAUAAUGCUUGGUCGUAUUACACGGAAGCCCCAGACGAUCUCUGGGAAAGGGCGGUCUGCAUUCAGCUGCUUCAUUCAGCUGGAGCACGUGAGGGAUGGCCGGAGAGGCAAGCAGCCGAAUUGGGUCCAGGAAAGAGAUAAGGGGUUGUCCUGUGUCGAUAUCACGAACGAGCCCGCGCGCGCCGCGCACUCGUCAUCGCGCACAUGAGCCGACACUGGUGGUCAAUGGGGUCCGCCAGAGAUCUGUGCCAUAUUUGUGGGCAAGAAUCUCUCCCUUGGCUCCCACAGUGUCACCUACACGACCGCGUCUGCCAGGGACAGAAUCGAGUGGUCAUAUCUGGCCCUCAAGUGGGCAACAAGAAGACCAUAAUACGGUCUGGACAAACCGCGCACCCAGAGACGAUCACAGAGGCGCUGGCCAGAGGAAACUUUUCGGAAGGAUUAUGAGCUUUCCGGGUAUCAAUUGAAGUAAUGCUCUGAGCCUGCAACGAAGGACAUUUACGCGAAUUUGUUGACUACCUGUGAUUGCCAGUGAAUAGAAGGCCUUGCAACAAGGCAUGGGACCAACAUCAGAUCCAGAUCAUGCGAGGAGCAUCCAAGCAGAGCCUCACCACGAUGCCAUCGUGGUAGACAACCCAGUCUUGAUCAUGGAAGACGAAACACAGUCAAGUGCAACCCCAUGGCGACCCCCGUCCCACGAACAGUUGACCCUUCGCCAUAUGGCGACUGCAGAUCAAUUGCACCAUGAUCACUGGGCGAGGCUGCUACGGCCUUCCAUUCUUUAUGUACGCUGUCAUUGACCACGUGCGCUCAUAUCCGCCACAGCGCCUGGACUCAGCAUAACAAGUCCUACCCAGGACUAAAUUGCACCAAAUUCACCAGUCCGACAGUCACGGCAUCUAGAUAUCCUUUUCUUAACAGAAUAGUCAGAUCGGCACAGAAGUCGUCUGGUCAACUGCCAGUGACUGUCUCCCUAUUAGCAUUAAAGGGGUUUAAGGCCCUUCUGCCCGUUGACAGCACCUGCUCGAUGAGAGUGGCGUGGGGUGCGC